AUGCCGCAAAUGAUGAGGGACGUGGAUGAUGAGAUGUCGGAACAGGCUGCCGAGAAUUGGAUCAUCGAGAACUGCAUCUUCGUUCCUCUGGAUAGCAGUGCUGGUAUUAAGCCUGGUCUUGGUGGCAACAAGGACAGUGGUGUCGCCGGGGACAUCGUCAAGGUCGAGAUUAGUGAUGUCAGCAUUAGUGCCAACACCAUCAACUGCGGCAGUAUCCCAACCAACACGGGCGACGCUGGCAAGGAUGGGAAAGUCACUGGUAAAGAGCGCAAGGCUCAAGGUCAUGGUCGCCAAGUUCAAGUGGCAACUGGGAAGCGCAAAAGGGACCCGGCUGAUGUUGGGAAUAGAGAUGCCAAUGCUGGCAAAAAGUCAAAGACGCGGGGCAUGGACACCAUCCCAGCUCAAGACAUCGCCGUCGCCAGCAAGCGCAAAAACACGGGGCUUGCGUUCCCAGGCGCUGAUGUCCGUGUCGGCGGCAGGCGCGUGCGAGCGGAAGGGUCAGGAAGCUGA